CAAAAAAAAGAUCAAAUUGUCAAAGACAGAAAUUACAAAACAAGACAAAGAAAAAAUAUCAAGAACAAGCUCGAAACGAAUUUGGAACAAGUUUUAUUGAAUAAUUAGUGCAUUACAUUAGCACUAUUAGUAAGCAGCACAUAAUUUUGAUAUUGCAAUAAUAGCUGUUUAAAUAACUUGUCUUCAUUAAACAACAUAAUUAUCAUAUCACAGAAAUGGACGGGGGUUAUGAUGAGAUAAUAUCGGAGAAUCAGUUUUUUGUUGAUUUGAAAAAUGAAUAUUCAGAUUUGUUUCAACAUUGUAUAGCGCAAUGUUGGGUAAUAUGUGUGCCUCGAAUUGGAAGUCUAACGACCCGUGUAUUCACCGUGGAAGACUUUUGUGCUCACAUAUUAGUGCCCAGCGAUGAACUACCGGAAACUCACUACAGCACCCUCACCGAAAAGCAAGUCACAGUCACCAACAAGGUGAUAACUAUGGAAGUAACUAAAGGUUUACCAUUACAAAGUCACAUAUUAUUUGAAGAGACAUUUUACACUGAAGACUUCAUUAAAUAUAAGGUGUGGUGUAUAGAAGCUCCACUUGAACCAGCAACUCUCACAGGUAACAAUUGCAUCAGCUAUGAGUAUCUUACAUCAUUAAAUGACUGUAUUGAUCUGCUCUGGACCCAAGCUGCUGGCCGUCAGGUGCUUGAUCAAAUUGAAAGUAGUGUCCAUGUGUUUUUGAAAAAGCAUUCUACUAUGCCCAUGGCCAUAACAACAUUAAAAGAUGCUGUAAGUGAACUGUACACCCAGUGCCUUCAAAUUACCUUGCAAAAUAGAAGACUUCGAGAAAAAUCAAAAGUUUGUAAACAAGUCCUUGAAAAUAUUAAAGUUGCUGUUGAGUGUUACAUGCAGCAACUUCUUUUUAACUCUUUAUUUAAGGCUAUUUGUACAUGUUGUGCAUAUGAAGACUCCCAUCUCAACAAAAAAAUAAGAAAUAUGGGUGAUAUCCAAUUAAGGGACCUGGAUAUUAAAAAAGAAUUGUACCAUGCAGUACCAAAAGCAAAACAAAUUCUCUCAAAAAUCGAUACAUAUAAUACAGUUUUAGAAAAAGUACUGUGUUUGAAACAAGCUCUAAAUGCAAUUAAUAAAUUAGAUGGUGCAAACAAUAUUGUCCUAUUAACUGCAGAUGAUUUGCUACCAGUUUUUGUGUUCUUAGUGAUCAAGUCUGGUUUACCAAACUGGUAUAGCCAGCUUACUUAUAUGAAAGAGUUUCGAUUCAGCAGUGUAGAGAAAUGUGAUGGGGAUGAAAGUGCUUUCCUGAUCACUACUCUGGAAGCUGUUAUUGAGCACAUACAGUCAGGAGCUCUUGCUGGCCCGCCAGAUCCAGAAGCUUAUUAUUAUGAAAGCAACCUGACAGUUGAUAAUGUAGAUGGCAAACAACGAAAAAGUAGCUUGACAGAGUCAAUUUCAACAUCAGACACAAACAGUAAAGAAGAAACACUAGAUUAUAUAUUCGAUCUAAUCAAAGCUAAUCAUUGUGAGCAGGUUCAAUCCAUUUUACUUAAAAACCAGAAACAUUUAGAAAGCAUAGAACAGAAUGAGAAGAAUACUUUUAAAAUGCCUGCAAAUGAUGAUUACGAUCAGGGGAGUGAGGAUGAAAUAUAUCACAAACUUUGUCAUCCUCUAUGCAGCUGUAAACAAUGUUGCUUUAAAAUUUCCAAGAAUCUCUUGAAAAUAUCUCCUACAGUUACAUCCAGAGAUAGCCAUGGGUUAACACCAUUACAUGUGGCCUGCAUCCAUGGUAAGGCCACCAUUGUAGAAGCUCUUAUUGAAAUGGGUGCUGAAACAAAUGCAACAGAUCUUAAUGAGUGUACACCAUUGCACUAUUCUGCAUCUAGAGGACACCAAAAUGCAUUACUAUUAUUAUUACAUUCAGGAGCAAAUAUUAAUCAAGUAAACAUUGAUAAGAAUACUCCACUGCAUUUAUCUGUCAAUAAUGGUCACAUGAAUUGUGUUAAGGCCCUUAUAUACUUUGCUGAACAUAGCAGAAAAAGAGUAAACAUAAAUUGCAAAAAUGAAAGUGGUAACACUCCUCUGCAUUUAGCUUCAAAAUGGGGUUAUGAAGGGAUAGCUAGGCUGCUGAUAGAAAAUGGUGCGGAACCUUCCCUACAAAACAAGAGUCUCAAAACUGCUUUUGACUAUGCUCAUAAUUUAAAAAUAUUGAAUGUACUAAAAUCUUGUACUCCCAAUUUAUAUGAGUAUAUCCACAUAACAAGUACAGAUAUAAAAAUGCUGAAAUGCAAGCCAAAUAAUGAAAUGACAAUGAAAGUAAAUAAAAUUAAUUUAAAACAUGAUAUAAAUCCUUCUAAAGCAGUGGAAAAAUUGAAAUUGAUUGAAAGGAUAUUAAAGGCUAUUUCAUAUGGUGAUAUUAAGCUUGCAUGCUUUUAUAUGGGAAUCGAUUAUGAAGCUUAUGUAAGUUGUGGUGAACAAGAUGGCUCUCUUUGUCAUCCUCUUUGUGAAUGUCAGCAAUGUAAAAAAAAAUCUAAUAUUUGUACAGAAUUUGAUGUAAACUCUUCAGAUUCCCAUGGGUUCACACCAUUGCAUUUUGCUGCUCGCUAUGGCUUAGUAGAUUUAUGCAAUAUACUUAUAUUGAACAAAGCUGAUGUGAAUUAUGUUAAUAAAAAGGGUCAAACUCCUUUGCAUUUAGCUGCUUUAAAUAAUAAAACCUUAGUAAUAAGAACACUAUUAGAUAAUGGUGCCAAAAUAAAUGUCAUAGAUUUAACAGGGAAUACACCACUGCACGACGCCAGUGAAAUGGGAAACAUUGGAGCUACAAAAAUUUUAAUUAAUUACAAUCCUGAUAUAACUCUGAUGAAUAGUUCUGAGAAAUCGGCGUUAGCAAUUGCUAAAGAAAAAGUGCAUUUGACUAUUAUAGAUUUGAUAGAAAAAUAUGCAAGUAAAUUGUAGAUUGACAUAAUAUGAAUUAAGAACCCUGUGUCAUUUUUGUUAUAGUUCAGAUAUAUAUCCAAAUAAUGGUUGUAAUUAAAACUUUACAAAAAAGAUUUUUUGUAAAGUUUUAAUUACAACCUUAUAGUAUAUUAUUUUCCAAAAUAGAAGUUCCUAUUUCUGUCUUAUAGAACAAAUUCAUUCCAACAGUAAUAACUUGGAUUUAUAUUUAAAUAGAGAAACAUAUUUUAGUAAUUUACUGAAAGUAACAUUCCAUUUAGUAUCAAUAGUCAUAAAAUAAAACUGCCACAGUAAACACAACAUUUCACUAUAUUACUACCGUUGUGUUUUAUGAGAUUAAAAGUAGUGCUAUACUUAAUACUUUGAUAGUUGACUCAAUAUUUUAUUUUUUUACAAUUUCUAUUCUAGUUUACUUCAGUUUUGACAUACUUACCUAUUUAUUUUCCCUAAUUAGAUUGAAAUAUGUACAUGGUAGGUACAUAUUUCAAUCUACUUGUAGAUUAAUCUCCUAAUAAGUAAAAUUGAAAAGCAUUGCAUAUACCUAUUAUUAUGUAUAAUGUCUAAAAUGUUUUGUUUGUGCCAUAAGGAAUGUAACCCACUGUGUCCUUUUUUAUUUUACUAUAAGACUGACGUUUUUAUGUUGUUUAUAUCAUAGAAAAUAACUGUUUGAAUCAUGUACCUUACGUAGCAGAUAUUUUUAUAAUAUUUUAUAGAGAAUAAACCUACAUAAUAUUGUUAAUACUUGUGACUGAAUAUUUUAAAUUCUAAUUUCAAAUUAUAUAAUCAUGUAAGAUGAUAAGACACUAAAAUUCUGACACCAAAAAGGAAAGAAACUUAUCUUGCAACCUACUCAAUAAAAAUUAUAGUAUAAAUAUUUUAAUGUAAAGAGGUAUCUGUAGGGAACAUUUGUCUUGUUUUCCAACGAUUGAGCCCAUGUGUCCUAUUAACCAAAAAUAUAAUAAAUUCAACACAGUAUAUUUAAAAAACGUAUCCCUUUACGAA